GCCCCGCACGGGGAAAGAUGGCGGCGUCCAGGUAGAGGUCUUGUGGAGACCGGACCGGUAUGGCGUUGGCGUCCGGACCUGCUUUGCGAGCGCUAGCUGGCUCUGGGAGGCUCGGCCUUGGGGGCUGCGGGGCCCCGAAACGCGGGGCGUACGAAUGGGGCGUGCGUUCCACGCGGAAGCCCGAGCCUCGCCCUCUGGACAGGGUGUACGAGAUCCCGGGUCUAGAGCCAAUUACCUAUGAAGGGAAGAUGCACUUCGUCCCCGGGCUGGCUCAGCCGAUCUUCCCGCCGUGGGAUCGCGGCUGGAAAGAUCCACGGUACCACCGCACGGCCCCGAUCCCCGAGCAGCCUCUGUACAAGGAGCAGCCCUGCUACAUAUUCCACCAGCGCUGCCGACUCCUGGAGGGUAUGAAGCAGGCUCUCUGGCUAACUAAGACCAAGUUAAUAGAAGGCCUUCCCAAGAAAGUGCUUAGUCUUGUUGAUGAUCCAAGGAAUCACAUAGAGAACCAAGAAGAACGUGUUCUGAACAUCAUCUCUCAUGCCCGUCUCUGGCACUCCCCUGAGGACAUCCCCAAGAGAGAGACCUACUGCCCAGUCAUUGUGAACAGCCUCAUACAGCUGUGUAAGUCCCAGAUUUUCAAGCACCCUUCUCUGGCAAGGCGGAUGUCUGCCGAAAACUACUCCUUAGCCACCACCUGGAAUCGAGAGUCUCUUCUCCUUCAGGUCCGAGGUAGUAGUGGUACCAUACUGAGUACCAAGGACCGUCUGCCCAUCAUUGCCUCCAGAGAGGAAGUGGAAGCUACCAAAAAUCAUGUUCUUGAAACCUUCUAUCCCAUAUCUCCUACCAUUGAUCUUCAGGAAUGCCAUGUUUAUGAUGUGAAAGAUGACACAGGAUUCCGGGAGGACUAUCCUUACCCCCAUCCCCACACCUUGUAUUUCCUGGAAAAGGCCAAUUUACGGCCACAACGCUUUCUUCCAGAACAGCUAAGGGCCAAGAUGCUCCUGUUUGCUUUUGGGAAUGCCCUGGCUCGGGCUAGGCUCCUCUAUGGGAACGCCACCAAGGUCUUGGAGCAGCCCAUAGUCGUGCAGAGCGUGGGCACUGAUGGCCGUGUCUUCCAGUUCCUCGUGUUGCAGUUGAACACCACAGAUCUGACCUCUAGUGAGGGCAUCAAGAAUUUGGUAUGGAUAGACUCAGACCAGCUCCUUUACCAGCACUUCUGGUGUCGCCCAGUCAUCAAAAAGAAGGUGGUGGUGGAAAAUGUUGGGCCUGUUGAUUUCCAGCCAGAGACAUUCAGGAAGUUCUUAGCUCUGUACUUACAUGGUGCUGUGUGAACUUCUGGGGCCUGACACUCUACCUUCUUGCCUCUGAAGAGCUUGCAACCUAGGGAGGUAAAGCCUGGGCAAGCCUUCCCACUCCCUUUCGCUCUGGUGGCAAUAAAGAGUCUUUGUAUUGCA